AUGGCGGGAGAAGACAGCCGCGAAGCUCAACGAGGCGACAACCAUGAGGAAUCGAGCCCUCUCUUAAAGGCGAACGACACCAAGAUCUGCUCGAAAGCGGAGGCCAAGGCGGCGUCGAUUGAGUCUCCUCCCGCGGCGGAGGAAUACGGCUGGACGGCGGAUGGACUGCCGGUGAGCCACGGGAGCGUGAUCGGCGAGCCGAUCGGGAGAAACCAGUGGAACUCCGGUCUAUUCUCUUGCCUCGGCCGAAAUGAUGAAUUCUGCAGCAGCGAUCUCGAAGUUUGUCUGCUUGGAAGUGUGGCUCCUUGUGUGCUGUAUGGAACUAAUGCAGAGAGGCUUGGAUCUGCUCCGGGAACGUUUUCAAACCAUUGCUUGACGUAUUUGGGAUUGUACUUUGUUGGCAAUUCUCUCUUUGGCUGGAACUGUCUUGCUCCAUGGUUCUCUUAUUCCAGCCGCUCUGCUAUUCGCCGCAAGUUUAACCUCGAGGGAAGCUUUGAGGCGAUGAACAGGUCGUGUGGUUGCUGCGGAAGCUGCAUAGAGGACGAGAUGCAGAGGGAACAUAUGGAGACGACUUGUGACUUUGUGACGCAUGUGCUUUGCCAUACAUGUGCGCUUUGCCAAGAAGGACGUGAGAUCCGAAGGAAGGUUCUUCACCCUGGUUUCAAUGCUCAGUCCACUGUCGUCGUGCUCCCACCCAGAGAGCAAACCAUGGGUCGUAAGUGA